UAUAGGCAUUUGACACAAAAGAAGAGAUCGUGCAAUAUGUAAACAAAAUCAGUGCAAUAUUAACAGCCGACGAUGAUAGUGCAUUCUAUCGUAGUUAUUAAGUUAACUUGACGAUUAUUGUUUACAAAUCCCCUGAAGAUGCAAUUUAUACAAUUGCGAAAUAUCGGAGAUCAAAAAUGAAAUAAAAUAAAAAACUGGCCUAAAGCUCAAAAAAACUCAUAUUAUUAAAUAUAUUGGAAAAUAGGUCGAAAAAACUCACACUUAUAAUAUAUAACACGGAGAGCACGCCGAAUACCAACAACAUGAUCUACAGAAACAUCAAGUAUAAAAACAACAUCAAACACAGCAUUAACAAACACAAAAACACAAAAGUGAAGAUUGCCAAAACAAAAUGCUCUUUAACUUUUCUAAUUCGAUGUCGUAACAACGGCAUCAUUCCUAACUUUAUUAAAAAUGCCUUAAAAAAUAUUCACAAUAUUUUUAAGACACCUCAAAUAUACCACAUUAAAAAUACAUUAAAGGGAUACAUUGAUACUUUUCAAAACAAGAUUCUCAAUCUACUAAUUAAACAGAAACAUUACGAAAUAAAGAACAAUCAAAGGGAUCAACAAAAUAUAGAAAAAACUUUGGGAGAAAAUCUAACACAACAAGAGAUAAACAUAGUUACUCAAAACGAAAGCAAAAUAAUAUCGAACAUGGAGAACGAAAUAAAAAACACACAGAAAAGAAAAUUCGAAAAACUUAAACAACAACAAAUGAUACAACUUGGCAUAAAACAGAAUGAUAAAUGGUUUGUAAACAAAACAAACACUCAAUUCCCCGAUGACGUGAAAUGGCUUCUUUCGCUUGGAGAGAAAUUUGGACUUCCAACAACAAAAUCACAAUUCCCACUAUUUAAACUAAUAGCAGACGGCGAAGACGUAAUACAAACAUGGAAUGACAAAGAACAACAAGAAAUGAUGAGGACAAAGUUCACAACAAUGAUAGACACACAUAUGAAUAAGAUGAAAGAGAGUGAACGAGAUAAAUUUAUCAACAGCACAGUGGGCCGCACCAAAACUUUUUUGAAACAAAAUAAAAAUAUAUUAAUUUUAAAUGCUGACAAAGGAAAUGUUACGGUUGCAAUGGACAUUAAUGACUACAAACAGAGGAUGAACAGUAUUAUUUCAGAUAUGAUGACAUAUCAACGGGUGAACAAAGAUCCAACAACAGGUUUGAUAAAAAAGAAUAAUGAACUGGUGGAGGAGCUAUACAAAAACAACAUUAUUACGACAAUGGAAAGGAAAAAACUCAGAAGUGACGUGGCUACAGCUCCAAGAUUGUAUGGACUACCAAAAAUCCACAAGGUAGAUUUCCCGUUACGCCCGAUCUGUUCUUCAAUCAAUUCUCCGUCGGAAGAACUGUGCAAAUAUGUGGUUAAAAUUUUAAAAAAUCUUACCAAAUUCUCCAAAUAUAACGUUCAAGACUCAAUGGCGUUCAAAAACAAACUUUUUUAA